UUAGUGAAAUGGAGUUCACUUUUGUUAUUCGGUCGUGUACAAAAGCUGUAGCUUGAUUCUUCUGUUCUUCUCUUUUGGCUUUUGCUCUGUUUUUCUUCACUUUCCCUUCUGCCCAACACUUCUUAUCUUCCUGGCAGUUCUAAUUUACAAUGAAGGGUGGAAAAGGAAAAGGGGCGUUGAGAAAAGAAACAAGGUCGGCGCUGAAGCCUGUUGAGGACCGAAAGAUGGGGAAGAGAAAGGCCGCAUUGAAGGAUGAUAAACGGAAGGCCAAGAAGGACAAAAAGGCCAAGAAAGAUCCUAAUAAGCCUAAGAGGCCUCCCAGUGCCUUCUUCGUAUUUCUGGAAGAAUUCAGGAAGACAUUUAAAAAGGAAAAUCCUAACGUGAAGGCUGUAUCAGCUGUCGGGAAAGCUGGAGGAGAGAAGUGGAAAUCUAUGAGUGCAGCUGAAAAAGCACCAUAUGAAGCCAAAGCAGCAAAAAGGAAGUCUGAGUAUGAAAAGCUCAUGAAUGCGUACAACAACAAGCAGCCGGAAAGCUCAGACGAUGAUGGCGAAGAAGAAGAAUCUGAGAGGUCAAAAUCUGAGGUACAUGAUGACGAUGCAGGGGGCAGUGGACAGGGUGAACAAGAAGAGGAAGAGGAAGAUGAUGAAGACGAGGACGAUGAUUGAAGCUAUGUGCUUCAAACACUUUAGUUUUUGUACUUAUUGCCAUCUGACAAGGGUUGAGUGACUGUAUGUGUUUUUGCUGUAUUUUCUGUUACCUAGUCUGGGUCACGGGGUCUGGCGAAACACUUGAAUGAACUUGUAUAUGUAUAUGAUGAUACGUAAUAUAUAUAUAUGGCAUGUCUUUUAUCUGACUUCA